AUGACCAGAGACACCCCCACCUCAGAAACCACCACCGUCGCCGUCGUGUCCGCCGCCGCAGAAGACCCCGGAAACGACAUUUCGGCGGAGCCAGUAGACUCCCAUUAUUCCAAGUCCCAAACAGCCAUCCAAUCUCUCUCCGCCAUCCUGCCCUCUAUUCCUCCCUCCCUCUCCACUUCCCCAAACCCUUCUCAUUCCCUCCUCCACGACCCCCAAGUGUCCACCCAAAUCUCCACCCUCCUCCGCCACCCCUCCUCCGGCACCGGAGACAACCACCUCUGCCGCUGGCUCUACGACACCUUUCAGUCCGGCGAUCCCCACCUUCAACUCGUCGUCAUCUGCUACGUCCCUGUCAUUGCCUGCGCGUAUCUUUCACGUGCCACCCUUCGGAGACCGCUUGCCGGUUUCGAGGCCAUCCUCCUCGCCCUCUACGCCCACGAAACCACUUCACGCGCCGGCCAGCCGUUGACAGUCAACAUCCCGGACAUGUCUCACCCGAGCCUCUACCACGAGCCGACGACGCCGACAAAGAACAACUCCACGUCGCUCCACCUCGCCGUCGUGUCGCCGAGCCUGGAACCCCACCGGACUGUGAGGUCCACUCGUCGGGCGUGGAUCGUGGGAGUGGCUAUGGAGCUUUACUACAGCAAGAUUUACGCGAUGCCCACGAGUUCCAAGGUUGAGUUCUGUGAGUUCGUUAGGGUUUGGGCUGGUGAACAGCGUGACGAAUCAGAGGGUGAGUCCGGGCCGAGUGAACUCGGAGAAGGGAAGCGUAUUUCUCUACCGUGGGAGCUGUUGCAGCCGAUUAUGAGGACUUUGGGUCACUGCGUGGUGGGUUGUGGUAGGAACAAGGAGAUAUUUGACGCUGCCAUGGCUGCUUGCAAGGGUUUGCAUGGAAGGGCCGUACAUGAUAUCAAUCCCAAGGCAAUUUUAGCCACCGAGAGCUUGCUUAGGCUGGGGAAUAUCAGCUUGGAACCCGACGACGACGCCGACUAUCGCCAGCUCGUGACAGACGAGACAAUGCUAGCAUUGAACUACGAGCUUCAAGUGGAAGAUAGUGAGACAAGUAUUGGACUUGCUUAG